UUCGGGCCAGGACUGCGCGUGCGCCUCGGACGCCAGGCUGGCUAGAAGUUCCCGCCGACCCGUCCUCGAAAUUUAAAGGGCCCGCUGCUUUUACGAAGUUGGUUUGAAGGCAAGGGGUUGUUGGUUGUGGACGGCACUUUGUCAUGGGACCUGUGCGGUUAGGAAUGUUGCUUUUCAUUUUGGCUGCGUACGGCGUUUGGGUUGGAACGUCGAAGGAGGAGGACGAUGACACAGAACGCUUGCCCAGCAAAUGCGAAGUGUGUAAGCUGCUGAGCCUGGAGCUACAGGAAAAGCUGAGUCGCACUGGCCGAUCUCGAGAGGUGCUGGAGCUGGGGCAGGUGCUGGACACGGGCAAGAGGAAGAGACACGUCCCUUACAGUGUUUCAGAGACAAGGCUGGAAGAGGCCUUGGAGAAUUUGUGUGAGCGGAUCCUGGAUUACAGUGUUCAUGCUGAGCGCAAGGGCUCACUGAGAUACGCCAAGGGUCAGAGUCAGACCAUGGCAACACUGAAAGGCCUGGUGCAGAAGGGGGUGAAAGUGGAUCUGGGGAUCCCUCUGGAGCUGUGGGACGAGCCCAGCGUGGAAGUCACAUUCCUCAAGAAGCAGUGUGAGACGAUGCUGGAGGAAUUUGAAGAUGUCGUGGGAGACUGGUACUUCCACCAUCAGGAGCAGCCCCUACAGCAUUUUCUCUGUGAAGGUCACGUGCUCCCCGCUGCUGAAACUGCAUGUCUACAGGAAACUUGGACAGGAAAUGAAAAGACCACAGAUGGGCAAGAGAAGACAGAAGAGGAGGAGGAAGAUCAGGAGGCGGAGGAAGAAGAGGAAGAGCAGGAAGGGAUGACUGACACACCAGGGCAUCCCAAGCAUGACCCAGAGGAUCUUUGACCCUUGCCUUUGUUUGAGACCCCAGGAGGGGCAGGGGUCUUGGAGAAGAACCGUCUGAAGUCUGAGCAAUCCCUGCCCCACAUAAGGGUUUGUGAAUAUGUGCUAGUGAUCCCA